AUGGAAUCUCAACGAAACUCCCACCGGGAGAUGUUUGUAACGUUGAACUCUAAAAUCAUCUCGAAUCCAACAUCAGGGCUUGCUAGACCAUCAAGGCCUCUAGCGGCCCUAGUCAACAACUCACGUUUCCAAGGAUCAGCACUAUGUCCCGCGCAGAGUGGGUCUAGUGAUGGUGAGAUUGCGGUUGCAGCAGUUGCAGCAGCUAGAGCUGUAGCUGCACCAAUCAUGUGCAAACCAUCUCAAAUGUUAAAGGUUACUUGUAGUUUGUCAGAAUUUUUUGAAGGCCCGCAAAUUGAAUCUUUAAAUCAGUUCCUUCCAUGCCCACCUCUCGCCAAAGAAUCACAAGAUUUGAUUUUCCAGCUGAGCGUAUUUUCUUGUGGUGGAUUAGCACUUGGUGGGUGCAUGUCCCACAAGCUUGGUGAUGGAGGAACUGCUUCCACCCUCUUCAGUGCAUGGUCUGCCAUCAGCCAGGGGUCUUCCUCUUGUGAUUUUGAAACACUGCUUCCUAACCUCGCAAAGGCAUCUUUAGUGUUUCCACCAAGAAAUGAUGUGCCGAGGCAACUAUUCUCUCUUGUAGAUGACAUAUGGUUUGUGGAAAACAACUGCAUCACAAAGAGAUUCGUGUUUGACGCCAAGGCGACAGAAACAUUGAGGGAAAAGGCCAAAGGUGAAGGUGAUCUUAAGCCGUCUCGAACUGGAGCUUUGUCAAGUUUCCUUAGGAAACGUUAUAUGGCCACAUCUCUUGCACUCUCAGGCUCCCCAAGGCCAUGCAUUUUGAGAUAUGUGGUGAACUUGCGAGCGCGAACAGAGCCACUCUUAUUUGAUGGCGCCAUUGGAAACCUAUUUCGGACUGUUGGGGCAGUAUCUAAACCGGAGGCAGACCUGGAGCUGCAUGAGUUGGCCAUCAUAAUAAGAGAAUCUGUCGCCAAAAUGGACCAUCAGGAUUUCCUGAAAAGUCUACAAGGUGAUGAGGGAUUUAAUUAA